GCUCCACCCCUUUGUUUCUGUCCAGCAAACAUGGCGGUGCCUAUGAAUAUCAAGGCGCUGUUACAGUCAGAAAUAAUAGAAGACGCCGCCGACAAAGAUGAGGGCGUCUGCAUUUUGGGAAUAUUUGGGAAAAGCGCGAUGCAACCCGGAUCAGCUAAAGACUCUCUCAUCAACACCUUGGCAAAUAAACACAUCUUCUCUCUCUUCGGGAGCGACGACACUGACAGUCCGGGCGGAGGAGCUUCGAUACAGGCGUAUUAUAAUCAAGAAAACCGCGUGCUGUAUCUCGUAUUAACAUCUGUUUUCGACAACCGCCAUUUCAUUCGUGCGUGCGAGUCUCUGACGGUAGGUUUAGGUCACGCAGAAGCCCACGAGUUUUGGAAAGCGGCAGAAAAGGACCACUGUUUACAGCUUCUGUAUCUGUUUUCACUAUGUCACAUUCUGCUGCUCGUUCAUCCCACAUGCUCGUUUGACGUUACCUACGAUAGAAUGUUCCGCGCUUUGGACGCGUUGCGUCAGAAAGCGCUUCCGCUGCUGCGUGCAGCGAUUAAAGAUUCACCAAUAUCAAAGGAGUGGAAGUUAAAUUGUCGUCCGUGUCCUCCACGCCUCCUGUUUGUCUUCCAGAUGAACGGAGCGCUCAGAGUUGGCUCCUCUUGCAUGGGUGGGAAUGGGACUGAUGGCUCUGGAGUGGAAAAACCCAAAAAACACUCCCCUAGACGGCGUAUGCAGCAUGCUUUGGAGGAUCAGAUAUACAGGAUAUUCAGAAAAAGUCGUGUGUUGACCAACCAGAGUAGUAAUUGUCUCUUUACAGUGCCUGCUAAUCAGGCUUUUGUAUAUGUAGUGGGAGGACCAGAUGAGGACCCCAUAGGCACUCUGUUGGGUCACUUGCGCUCCAAUUGUGCUUUUCGAGAGAAUGAAGGUGGCACACCUGUGCCCGGGCAGAGGCGUUACCAACAGAUGAGGCACUCCAACAGACAGCCAUCUUUCAAUGUGGAAAGCAGUCUUUCCUCAGGAGGACAGUUGGUGGACUGCACCCUAAAGGAGUUUCUCUGGCAGCAUGUUGAACUGGUGUUGACCAAGAAAGGGUUUGAUGAUAGUGUAGGCCGCAAUCCGCAGCCAUCACACUUUGAGCUGCCCACUUACACCAAAUGGGUGCACGCUGCAUACAAGCUUUAUCAGGUCAUGAUCGAGAGUAUUGAGGAAGAUGCAACUGAGAUUUCCCUCAAGGUGCAGGGGCAGCUCAAAGUGCUGGAGGGCUUCUUGGAUGCGGAUGCCAAGUUUUCUGAGAACCGCUGUCAGAAAGCCUUGCCCUUGGCUCACAGCGCCUACCAGUCAAACCUGCCCCAUAAUUACACCACCACGGUGCACAAGAAUCAGCUGGCGCAGGCGUUGAGGGUGUACAGCCAGCAUGCCAGGGGGGUUGCUUUUCAACGAUACGCUUUACAGCUUCAUGAGGAUUGCUAUAAGUUCUGGAGUAACGGGCAUCAGCUCUGUGAGGAGCGCAGCCUUACAGAUCAGCACUGCGUACAUAAGUUUCACCUGCUGCCAAAGCCAGGUGAGAAGCCAGAAAUGGAGCACAACCCACCCAUUCUCUACCACAACAGCAGGGGUCGCUCUACAAGCUCCUGUAACUGUGGUAGGAAGCAGUCUCCGAGAGAAGAUCCCUUUGACAUCCAGACCGCCAAUUAUGACUUCUAUCAAAUGCUUGAAGAGAAAUGUUGUGCUAAACUGGAAAGAAUCAACUUCCCAGUAUUUCAAGCCAGCACGCCCGACCCGGCUCCUGCCAGCGAUGAGGUGCCCAGACCAGGAGAAGUUCCUCCAUCAGGGGAGGCUGAUCGCCUGAAGGAGAAAGAGACCAGCACUCACACCCCUGGAGAAAGCACGAGUCUAAGUCUCGCUCUCAGCUUGGGUCAGUCAACGGACAGUCUCGGUGCAUACGCGGACGGAGCAGAAGGACAGGAGAAGAGGCCGAGUUUGGUAGACCGACAGCCCUCUACUGUAGAGUAUCUUCCCGGGAUGCUGCAUUCUGGAUGCCCGAAAGGAUUGUUGCCCAAAUUCUCUAGCUGGUCUCUUGUUAAACUUGGUCCAGCCAAAUCCUACAACAGCCUCACUGGUUUAGAGCAACCUGGAUUCCUCCCAGGCUCUGCUUUUCUUUUGCCGUGGGAUGUAGUGAUUCGAAGCCGCUCCGAGGAAGACGUGGGAUCUCUUGAACCUCUGGACGGAGGCCCGGCGUCCUGGCCAGCACCAAAUAAAGCAUCCGCAGGAAAGCGAGGCAGUGCUGGAGGAAUCGGUCGAGGGCGCAGACGGGAUGAUGUGGCUCGCGCUUUUGUUGGUUUUGAGUAUGAGGACAGCAGAGGGCGCCGCUUCCUCAGUUCCGGCCCUGAUAAAGUGGUUAAAGUGCUUGGACAAGGUGGACCUAAGGAGCCUGCGACCAGAUGCUUGAAUUCAGAUAUGCCGCUGUAUAUUCCCUCUCCUGCUCAGGGGCGAGGCAUCAAGCCACACUACGCUCAGCUUGCUCGACUUUUCGUUGUCAUCCCUGAUGCUCCUCUUGAGAUUGUCUUAAACCCACAGGUGCAGCCAGGUCUCCCUCCCUGUCCCAUCUUCCAUCCAGAGCAACCUGAAGUGGUGCUGCCCUCUGAUGGACUCUGGGUGCUGCGCUUCCCUUAUGCCUACGUGACAGAUCGUGGUCCCUGCUAUCCUCCCAAAGAGAACCAGCCACUGGCAAACUUCAGGGUGCUGAGAGGCAUCCUGCGUGCCAACACAACUAGUUCUACCCCACAAUAACAAAAAAAGCACAAACCAUGCACUUUAAAGCACUGAUGUGACAUUCAUAGGACAACUUUUUUGUCUUUGAUAUUAUGAAUCAUUCUGUUGACACCAUGCUUCAUUGCAUUUUCUGUUUCAGUUACUUUUUUUAACCCGACUAUACAAACAAUAGUGGUUGUAAAUACAGGCAAUUCAAUUACACAAUGUGUUUACUGUCAAUAAAACCCUGCAGUGAGGGAAAAAACUAAAUAAACAGUGAACAUUACUGAA